UGAUUGGCCGGCGAUCCUUCUCAGAGUUUGAGUUUGACACACAAGUCGGCGACACCCGGAGCAGCCACGAUGGACGAAACAUAUGACGUAAGCAGUGCGAGCGGGACGAGAAAAUGGACCGAGAGAGAUGCAAAAUGGAUGGGGCAGAGAGGAUGGGAUGUCAAGGAUAGAUGGAUCAUGCAUACGUGUGCUGUCCUCACCUGUUGCAACGUCGGAAAUGCCUACAUGCGCAUUUCCGUGUGUGUGUGUCUGUGCGCAGGUGAUAGUGUGCGGGACCGGUCUGAAGGAGUGCAUUUUGAGCGGCCUCCUCUCUGUCCAUGGUCAGCCAACACAGAUAGAUCCGCCCCACAGCAAAGUCACACACACCGGCGCCGUUAAGGAAUGCACCCGGGAAAGCCAUGCCACCUCUCCGGGCGGCCGUGUGUGUGUGCCACAGGCAAGAAGGUUUUGCACGUCGACCGCAACCCCUACUAUGGCGGCGACUCGGCCUCACUCAACCUCACCAACCUAUACGAGAAAUUCAGGGCCGGUGCGCCAUAUGCGCAGAACACAAGACCAUACACAAUGGAUCACCAUACAUGUGGGUGCAUGCGUGUGUUAUGUGUCUGUGCAGGUGAGAAGCCGCCGCCCGACUACGGCAGCAACCGUGACUGGAACGUGGAUCUGAUCCCCAAGUUUGUGAUGGCGUGCGGCAAGCUGGUCAAGAUCCUCCUCACUACCAAGGUCACAAGAUACCUCGAGUGGCAGGUCGUCGAAGGUCAGUGAGUGUUGCAGAUACAUACAUGCGACGUGUGGGUGCAUGGUUGUCUUGGCUGUGCUGUGCUGCGUAUGUUCGUGUGUGUGUGUGUGUGUGGUGGUUUCAGGUACAUAUGUGUACCAGUUCCAGAAGGCCAUGCUGGGCGGGCUGCUCGGUGGGCCCAAAUUCAUCCACAAGGUGAGAGUUCCAUCCCUACACACCACACACACGUGGGUGUACAAAGUCGUCAUUGUGCUCGACCGUAUACAUCAGGUGCCGUCGAACGACAUGGAGGCGCUGCGGUCGCCCCUGAUGCCGCUGCUGGAGAAGAACCGGUGCAAGAACUUCUUCCACUUCGUCGCACACUGGGAAGAUUCCGACCCCAAGACACACCAAGGUCGGCACGGACACACAACACAAAACACAGCACAGCGAAUGAGCGCCAAGGGGCACGCACAUAUGGCCGGUGUAUGUGUAUGUGUAUGUGUGUGUUUCUUGCUGCGUGUGUUGUGUUGCAGGAUUUGACCGCAACCGCACGACGAUGCAGCAAGUGUACGACCACUUCGGCCUGCAGCCCAACACCAUCGACUUUGUCGGACACGCACUCGCACUCUACCGAACCGACGAGUGAGUGAGGCGGACAGCCAAACCACACACACACACACACAGAAAGACACAUCUGCACACGUAAAUGUGUGUGUAUGCCUCUCUCUGUGGACUCUGUCUGCAGGUAUGAGCAGAAGCCGAUGGGUGAGUGCCUGGACAAGAUCAAGCUGUACAUGUACUCCAUCAGCAGAUACGGACAGUCGCCCUUCAUCUACCCCGUCUACGGACUCGGCGGACUACCUGAGGGAUUCUCCAGGUACACUCACACUCACACGCACAGGCACACAUGCACACACAUCUUUGCCCGAUACACCACUCAUGUGCCGUGGUGUGUGUGUGUUGUGUCAGGUUGUCAGCUAUCCACGGUGGCACCUACAUGUUGAACAAGCCGAUCGCGGGCUUCGAAUACGACGCCGACGGCAAAGUGUGCGGCGUCAAGUCAACCGAGGGAGAGGUCAGCCAGAAAAGGAAGGAAGCAGACAGCACUGCACACUGCGUGUGUCCAUCCAUUCAUCCAUCCAUCCAUCCGUCCAUCCAUCCAUCUGUCAGGUGGCCAAGUGCUCGAUGGUGGUGUGCGAUCCCUCAUACGCUGUCGGCACCAAGAAGGUACACACACGCGUAGCAUCCAGGCAGCAUCUUGCUGGAAUUGUGUGGCGCACAUGUCAUGUCAUGUCAGGUGAGGGCAGUGGGCAAGGUGGUCCGCGCCAUCUGCAUCCUCAGCGCCCCCGUACCUGACACCAACAAUGCCGGUACGGACGUCAAUGCAUUGGACGAUCCUACAACGAGGCUUGCCACAUUCACCUGUCUGUGUGCGUGGUGUGUAUCUGUGUGCAGGUUCGUGCCAGAUCAUCAUCCCCCAGAAGCAAGUGGAGCGACACCACGGUUAGCACACCACGGAACCAUCAUGCACACAUUCCUCCACACACAAGAUACUAGGCGCAUCCCUUGUGUGUGGUGUCUGGUGUGCUGUGUCCUCUGUGCGCAUGUGCAGACAUCUACGUGAUGGUCAUGUCGUCGAUCCACUGCGUGUGCAAGAAGGGCAAGUACAUCGCCAUCGUGUCCACCACCGUCGAGACCAACAACCCACAAGCCGGUAUGAGAGCCGAGCCACCCACACAGCCACAUCCGCACCACCUCAACUCACACACGGUCGUCCCCUCCUUGUUAUGCCCGACCAUCCAUCCAACCAUCCAACCAUCCAUCCAUCCACCAACCAGAGAUUCAGUGUGCGUUGGAGUUGCUGGGGCCGAUCGAGGAGAAGUUCAUCAGCGUGUCAGACGUGUACGAGCCCACCGACGAUGGCAAGACCGACCAGGUGGGGGGGCAGAUGGAGGCUGGGAGAGUGGCAGCGGGCUAACCUCUUGUCGGUCGUGUGUCAGGUGUUUGUGUCGUCCUCCUACGACGCCACGUCGCACUUCGAGUCGGCAUCUGAUGACGUCCUGCGAAUGUAAGCAGGCAGGCACCAAAGGCGGGCGCGCGUAUACUCUCACCGUUGUAUGUGUGUGUGUGACUGCAGCUGGAAGAACAUCAUGGGCAACGACCUCGACCUCUCCAUCAGAGCGGUACACACACACACACACACAUGGAGAGGCAGACAAACAGACAGACACAUGGCGUCUGUCUGCCUGUCUGUUUGGCCUGGCAGGACCCUGAGGACCUGUCCGAGAUGUAAAGCCCCACUUACACUAGCUCUACUCACUCACGCCACACCCAAUCAGUGCAGUGCAUAGACAGACCAGAUGAGAUGGAUGGAUAGAUACAUCAAGUCUUGUAGAACGGAUCAAGGAACGAAGCGAAUUCCUUCCUGUCUGUUGACGGCCGAGUGCAGUUCUCCUCAGGGUGGUCGAGGGGUUUCCUGGCACCAAUGGGAGGCCCCCCAGCCGCUAGGAAGGGAAUCAGACUAAGCCGCCAGACAGACAGAUGGACGCUGGUCGGUCGGAAGGAAGCAGAGUGCAUGUCUCCGUCUCUGUCAGUCUCUGUGAAGCCAUCCAUCUCCCGUUUUUGCCAGCCUGCCUUGUGUGUGUGUGUG